AUGUCGGCGCCCUCAAGCAGCCAGCGGGAGCUGACUUUCGUCGAGCUCAGCCCUCAAGUCCUGCUCUUCGCGCGCGAAGGCAAGAGCAUCGACUGGCGGCACCCUUCCGUGAUCAUCCUCUUUGGCUGGAUGGACGCGCGCGUCGCGCACCUGAUGAAGUACGCCGAGCACCUGCGCGCGGCGUUCGGGACGUCGACGCUCGUCGUCGUCAGGUCCACCUCGCGCUACUACUUCACGCCGCAGAGCCAGCUGGAAGCAGCGCUCGUGCCCGUCGCGGAGGCGAUCCAGAAAGAGAUCGCUGACAGCGCUCAGUUCAGGGGCGUACUCGUCCACGUCCUCUCCAACGGGGGCGGCUUCGAGUUCAUGACGCUGCGCAAGGUGCUCGCGAAGAUGCGCCCGCCGCUGUCGCUUCCCGGCGACGCGUGCAGCAGCUCCCCGCCGGCCCCCGCGGCGCUCGUCCUCGACUCUGUGCCGGGCGACGACGGCCUGGCCUCCGCGCUGCGCGCACUGGCACCCGCACACCCCGUCCUGCGCGCACUCGCCGUGCCCGUGAUCGCGCUCAUCUACGGCGCGUGGGCCGCCACGAACGCGCUCCUGGGGCACGCGCCGCUCUUCGCGGAGCUACGGGCAGCGCUCAGCGGCGUGGUGCUGCUUCCCGCCGUGCCCGGGCCCGCGGCGGGCGGGCAGGCGGCGCCGAGGUUGUACGUGUAUUCGGACGCGGACCGGAUCGUGCGGGGCGCGGACGUGGCGCGGCACGCGCGGGAGGCGGAGGACGCGGGGUUCGACGUCGCGGUGGAGCGAUUGGCGACGAGCGCACAUGUGGCGCACAUGCGCAACGACCCGGAGCGGUACUGGGCGGCGGUGAGGAGAGUGUGGGCGAGAGCUGUGGAGAGGAGCGGGAUGCGCGCAGUGUCGGCGGCGCGGUGA